AUGAACUGUGUCAAGGCCAAUCGUGAAUGUGAUUACUCUAUCAAACUUAUCUGGGGUGGUCGUCCCUAUAAAAAACCAAGGACAGAGAAAUUGAAUCCGGUUGCCGGUUUGUCGCGGAAAAUACUUGAACAAGAGCCCAAACCUUUGGAGCAGAAGAAACGAUUCAAGAAGAUUGCAUUCCAAACCGCAAAGCCUAUUCCGGAGAUAAAAACGGAAGAACCCGAGACGUUUUCUAUCUCGCUAGAGGAACCAGGUUUUGUCGGGAAACCAAUCCCGCAAGCCGAUAACAUCCAUGAGAACAUUCAAACUGUCAGCAAUGUUUUGGACUCCAUGUACGAUAUGCCAACUAAACCGUCGCAGAUCUUGGAAGAUUUCUCGUCAUAUAUCCCCGAACCAAUGCCGUCGGGUCUCGAUCUGACAGAUUUGGCCGAUGAGUACUCUGAAGAUUUACUCAAGCUCGAGGCUUCGCAGCCCGCAACGCAAUCCAACCUUACAGCUAUUCCGUUUUUAAAUGAGCGCAGACGGUCGCCCCGUUGGUCGAAAUGGGACGAUCUGGACGAUGAAAGCGAUCAGCUUACCUCGAGAGAGCUGUCCAAUUUUUCUGUCCACUCGCAAACCAACUCUGAAAGUUCCGCUUCUGAGACCAUCGAGAUGAUUCCCCGUGGGAUUCUUCCUCUCCCCGAUCUUCUCCUUAAUGUUCCGACGUACUACGAGUCGUUCCAGUUCUUCUUCUCCUCCACCACACAGCUAUUCAUGCCAUUUGGAAAUAACACAGAACUAUACAAUCCGUUUACCAGCGUUCUUCCUCAGUUAGCUUUUGCGAAUGACGGUCUUUUAUCGGUGACAAUUGCUUAUGGGUUGGCCCAUAAGUCGUACCUCGCCAGCCAGGAAGAACCAACGGAAACGUUGGAGCAACUGUUGAGUAGAUCUCUGGGAGAACUGCUUCAACUAUUACAGAACAAAGAUACUUCAACCAGCGACCUGACGUUAACACUCGUGCUUCUGAUCAGCUCAUUUAUGGUGUUCACUUUCAAACGCAACUGGGAGGUCCAUUGGAAAGGUGCAAAGCAGAUUCUGCUGCUCAGAGGUUACAAAAAACCCUUCGACAAAUUACUGAAAGAUAGCCAGCGCGUGGAAGCAAGUCAGAUCGACAGUGAGAUCAAAAAAUCCAAAUUGAUAUUUUUCCUGUUACGAUGGUUUGCUUAUCUUGAUGUUUUAUCCAAUCUGUCGUCGCCUAUUGAGCCGUCUGCUCAGGAGUAUGAAGAGUUUGCUAACCAACAAAAUAUUCCAAAGAACGACCGUUACCUUUCCGCUGACAUAGACUACGAGUUUGAGACAACGUCUUAUUCUGAAUCGUUGAUGCUGGACGAGUCUCGCUGCAACGUGGACUACUUCCUUGGUUUCAAUAUCAAGUAUCUUUCUCUUUACAAAAAGACCAUCCAAUUGAUCAAGGAGACAAACAUGCGGGAGAAAUUGGAACCAGGCAGCCGCAUUUCUUCCCAGGUCGUUGACAGAGCACUCCAAGAGGUUCUUAGGUUCCAAGAACUUUCUCGCAAGGUGACUGCUGGCGAGGACCCGACCAUCGCUUUCGACAGAGUGUUUGCAUUGCUUGGGCUCAACCAGAUCUAUAGACGGGUUUUGAAGAUUCCAAAGAGUUCCCCAUUGAUUCAAGACAUGUGCAACGAGACAAUUCAGGUGAUAAAUGCGUAUCUCCUUGACGAUGCUCCUAAUCAGAUCAGUGUUUUCCUGCCAAUCUUUGUUUCUGGGUGCGACUCCCAAGACGAAAGUAUCAGAGCUCAAUAUCUUGAGCGAAUGAAGAAGAUCGCGUUCACCGGCUCGCUGUCUGCAAAGGUUGCCAUGGUCUUCAUGGAGAAGUGCUGGUCUGAGGACCUAGACUGGUGGCACGUGAUGGAGAAAGAGGAAAAGAAGUACAUAUUCUUCUGA